CGGUGCCUGGGCGAUGCCUUUGUUGAAGCACCCUGAGAAACCUCCCUGCUGGAGCUCCAGCCAGCCAGGACUGUUCCCCUGGCAGGCAGGGCUCAACAGCUCUUUAUUCCAGCCAGACACAACCCAUUAUAGAGCAGCAUUCUCCAAGAGACAGAUCUGCUUGUGGCACAGGUAAAUACUGGGUCUGUUUCCACUGGUGUCCGUAGGAGCAAGGAUGGGGGUCCCAGAGGGCAAAGUGGUGGUUCUUUCUUUUCGAUACCUGGACCUGGAGAGCGACCCCCUGUGCCGCUAUGACUUUGUGGACAUUUACAACGGCCACGCCCACGGCCAGCGCAUCGGCAGGUUCUGUGGCACUGCCAAACCGGGCGCCCUCGUAUCCAACAGCAAUAAAAUGCUGGUGCAGAUGACUUCAGAUGCCAACACUGCUGGAAGUGGAUUCAUUGCCAAGUUUUCUGCAGCAGAGCCACAUGAAAGAGGGGACCAGUACUGUGGGGGGCGACUGGAGAAGCCCUCGGGGUCCUUCCAGACGCCCAACUGGCCAGAGCGAGACUACCCAGCGGGAGUGACCUGCUCCUGGCACAUCGUUGCCCCCAAGAACCAGCUAAUAGAGCUAAAGUUCGAGAAGUUUGAUGUGGAGAGAGACAACUACUGCAGAUAUGACUAUGUAGCAGUGUUUAAUGGUGGGGAAAUCAAUGAUGCCAAAAGAAUUGGGAAGUACUGCGGAGACAGUCCCCCAGCGCCUAUUCUGUCUGAGAGAAACGAGUUGCUCAUUCAGUUUUUGUCCGAUUUAAGCUUAACAGCUGAUGGUUUUAUUGGCCAUUAUAAAUUUAGACCAAAAAAGUUACCCACAACUACAGUUCCACCUACAACCACAACAGUCCCUGCUACCUCAAUUGCAAAACCUACAGUUGCCCUGUGCCAGCAGAAGUGUAAAAGGAGUGGGACUCUGGAAAGCAAUUACUGUUCAAGCAACUUUGUCAUCACUGGCACUGUGAUCACCACGACCCCCCGGGCUGGCAGCCUGCAUGCAACCAUCGCCAUCAUCAACGUCUACAAGGAGGGCAAUCUGGCAAUUCAACAAGCUGGCAAGAACAUGAGUGCCAAGCUUCUGGUUGUGUGUAAGCAGUGCCCUCUCAUCAGGAGAGGUUUAAACUACAUCAUCAUGGGCCAAGUGGAAGAAGAUGGCAGAGGCAAAGUCUUCCCCAACAGCUUUGUCAUGAGUUUUAAGACUAAGAACUCCAAGAUGCUAAAUGCCUUGAAAAACAAAACGUGUUAAACCUGAACUCUACAGCUGCAUUCUCUCAUCUGUCUUGAAAAACAAUUUUCAUUGUCAACAGUAAGACCACGCUGCCCCUUCCUUCCCUCCAGCCACCCAAGCACAGCUGGCACAAAGUGAAAUCCAUCACAGGUACAGGGUGAGAACAAAUCCUCCUGAGUCUCAAGGUUUGCAGCACAGCCACCUGAUCUCAAACAUACAAAUUCCAGUUACUUGGAAGAUGUUAAUUUAUAACUGUCCAAUUUUUUAAAGGAGUUGUGUAUGUAAAAUGAAAAAUUCUAAGUGCAAUAUUUAUAGCAACUCAUUUUAACUUCGCUUUUUCUCUGAAGUUGUUUUAUUACAUGGAUUUCUGCAUUAU